AUGUCCAGCAUCACCAUUAAUAAUUGCAAUGGCGCUUCGCUACCGCCUUUGCUACUCCCAAGAACCGUCUACAACCAUGGUAGCCAACAGUCUGCUGGCAGAGACGGGUUCUCUGGCUACAGUUAUCCACCAUCCGAGCACAACGCUUCGCCAACCACAGCAGCCGCCGCAACCCACGGUAAAUCGUAUGCCAAAAUCAAAGUGGGCACAAACUACAGCUACAACUACACGACCGCCAACUCUUCGUCAUCAUUGGCCUCACUAGUGCGCAUCCCGCAGCAGUACAACGGCAUAAGCACCCCAGUGACCGCGAAUUCGUCUCUGGACAAUUUGGCAAAUUUGGCUUCCGUAGCCGUCGAGUCGCUAGAAUCACGCAACAGAAGCCUGAAAAGAAGCUACAACGAGGAGCCACUAGCGAGCCACGUCUCAGUACGGAGAGCAGAUCGCAGAAACUCCAGAAAAUACAGCUUCAGAAUGAGCCCUCCUUCUGCGGCUGCCUCGGGACCAAAUUCCGGCACAAACUCUGAAACAACUUCCGGCGCGACUUCUGGCGUAUCGUCACGUGCUUCAUCACGUGCGUCUUCCCGAGUCACUUCGCGCGGCACCUCUCGCUCCAGCUCCUCUUCCAGGUCAAGAUCCAAAUCCCCCUUGCUAAGCGGCAUGUUCGUUGCAAACUCUCCUUCUACAUCCGCAAAUGAGGAUUCCAAAGAGGACUCGUUACCCAUAAACAUUACAGGCGCUAAGGUCAUUGCCUCUUCAAAAUGCAAGAGGCAAAGAACAGGGCCCAGCUGUGAUGUGUGCAGGUCGAAAAAGAUAAAGUGUGACGCCAUGGUCGUAGUAAUAUGGCAGGACGCAUCGCUACUCUCAAGUUGUAAUAGGGAGGACUCGUUGCAUCGCCCUUUCUCCAUCGAAGAUUGCAGUUCUUCUUUGCUAUUAAAAAUGCCAACUGAAAUUCGGAGUCAACUAUCUGAACAUAAGGACAUGUCGCUGGUCAGACAUGUCGAUAAACUCAUUUCUUUCACUUCUUGCAGCUCCUGUUCAAAGAAAAAAGAUUGUGAGUGUAACUUUAGCAAAGGUUUCACAAGAAACGACAUCGCCGUGUUCUCUUCCUUGAAUAAAAAAUUGGGUAAGAGAAAUUCUUUAGGUGACUUCACUGUUCAAGACUAUUUGGACGUCGGUUAUUCACUGGAUUGA